CAAUUUGGUACUUAAAUUUUCUGUAUUAGUGCAAGAUUAUGUUUCAUAUAACUAAUGCUGAAGUGGUAAUGUUUCACUUGCAUUUGAUAGGUGGGCAUUAUAUCCUCUCUAUUCUUAUUCCUUGAAAUCUAUUUGGGUUUCAACCAGAGCCAGAUUACCCUGCUUGGUGUUUCCAAUGUCUGCAACAAGUUCCCUCCUUGGCUCAUUCUCUUCAUCGGUGCUCUCCUUUCUUUCCUUGGUGUUGGUGUUUUCUGGCUUGCAAUCACCAAAACACUUGAUUCCCUUCCUUUCUUUCGCACAUUAAUUUGGUUUCAAAAUAGGCUGCGGUUCAGCGCAAGAACGAAGAGAAGAGAGGCGAACAUUCAUUGAAUUCGUGUUUGUGAAGUUGAAAUUUGACAUUGGAUUGAAUGGAGUCUCAGAGUCAGAGAGAUCGCAGGACAGAUGCUGUUGGAGACCUUCGAGUCCUUCCCGACGAAAUCCUCUGCUCUAUUUUAGAAGGUCUCACUCCCCGAGAUGCUGCUCGCGUCGCUUGCGUUAUCGGUGUGAUGUACAUUCUGUACAACGAAGACCCACUGUGGAUGAGUCUAUGCCGAAAAGGAGCAUCUGGUUCUUGGAAGAAAACUGCCCUGCAUAAUGAGACUCUGCCAGACAAAUACAAAAGAGUACCAUCGAGGACCUCUAUAUUUUGAUGGUAAAAUUCCUAACACUAAAUGCCUUUUAUCUAUAUCUUCUAUUUUUCUGGGCAAAUUUAGGCAUUAUGCUCUUAGAAAACCAUAAGGAACACUUUUCUGUAAAUCACUGAUAUUCACCUUUCCUCAGGGUUCAACUCUUUAUUUUUGUACAGGAGAUUAUACCGCUGCCAUACCACAUUGGAUGCAUUUUUUGCCGAUAUUGGAAAUGUGGAAAGAAUAAAAGACAUCUCACUCUUCUAUAAUGACUAUGAUGCAAAGAAACCGGUACCGACAUAAAAGAAUUUUAUUAGUUAACUGAGGGAUGUUUGAUUUGAUUGUUUUCAGUUGAAACCAGAAAUUUCAUUUUGGAUAAAAUUAAAACACGGUGGUAAAGAAUAUAAUUUUAAAUAUAUCUAAAAAUACAUUUUAUUUUAAAAACGCAUUUUCAAUGUUUUUAUUUCUUGAUAGCAUAAAAUAAGAAGUCACA